GAAAUACACAAAAUAAGGCCUGUGUUUUUAAGUUUAAAAAAUGAAACGGAACCUUCCGGUCUUGCACGGAACAUAUUUAUCGUUGCACCCAUCUCUUUUGCGAAAUUUGUCCGACUGAAAAAGAGAGGAAUGUAAUCGUUAAAAUGAAGUUGGAUCAGUCCCGCUGCUAACUAUCUGUUAAACCUUUACGUGUAAUCUAUGUCUGUAUCUAAACGCGUCAUUAUAAAUGAAUGUUAGCUCAAACAAGGUCGUGAAAAAUGAACGGUAAAAUAUUGUCCUGGAUGUCUGCUGUGUUUUUAGUGGCAGCGGCGGCAGAUGAGAUGCUGAGUAUACCAGGAGGAAAGAUGUUAAUGGGAACCAGUGCAGCUGAUGGGAGAGAUGGAGAGUCCCACACUAAGGAGGUUUCACUGGAACCUUUUAAAAUGGACAAAUAUCCUGUCACAAAUGCAGAAUUCAGAGACUUUGUGAGAGCAGAGAAGUACAAAACUGAAGCUGAGACUUUUGGCUGGAGCUUUGUGUUUGAAGACUUUGUGUCUGAGGAGCUGAAGAGCAAAGUCACACAGAAAAUUGAGUCUGCUCCGUGGUGGCUGCCUGUAGAGCGGGUGUUUUGGAGACAGCCUGCAGGACCAGGAUCAGGCAUUCGGGAGCGCCUGGACUUCCCAGUGGUUCAGGUGAGCUGGAAUGACGCUCAGGCCUUCUGCCGGUGGAAGGGCAUGAGACUGCCCACAGAGGAGGAGUGGGAGUGGGCUGCACGUGGGGGGCUCCAAGGACGGACUUAUCCGUGGGGAAAUAAGUUCCUGGCCAACAGAACCAACCUGUGGCAGGGAUUGUUUCCAGAUGGAGACACUGCAGAGGACGGAUACCAUGGCAUUUCCCCUGUCACGGCAUUUCCUCCCCAGAACAGCUAUGGACUGUAUGACAUGAUGGGAAACACAUGGGAAUGGACAUCCACGCCCUUUCCUGGAGCACGGCCAAUGUAUGUGCUGCGUGGUGCCUCCUGGAUCGACACAGUAGAUGGUUCAGCCAAUCAUAAGGCUCGGGUCACCACCAGGAUGGGCAACACUCCUGACUCUGCCUCUGAUAACCUGGGAUUCAGGUGUGCUUCCAACAAUGAACAGAAACAAGGGAAGAAAAAAGACAAAACAGAACUGUAGCAACAAACAGGAAG